GAGACCCACUGAUACACAGAAAGGAAAGAGACUGAUGAGAAGAGAGACAGAGACAAAGAGAUAGCAAAGGGAGGCAGAGACAGAGCAGGCACUGAGGGAAAGCCACAACUGGGCAGAGGGAGAAGCCAGAGAAGCUGAAGAAGACACAGACAGGGAGAGACAAAGACCCAGGAGAGAAGGGCACAGGAGGAAGUUUUGGAGGAGAGAGGUCCUUAGGCGCAUUUCUUGAGCCCAGGGACUGUUUUUUUCAUCUUCUCUGAACGUCCCUAGCCCCUCUAAAAACUUCGCCUCAGAUUUUGGCACAAAUCCGAGCCCCUACGACUUUAAAGAGGAGUUUUCCAUAGUUAGGGUGGGGAGGAUUUGAUGCCUCCAAUGGCCUCAAUCCAUCCCAGAUGCAGCACGGGUACCAUGUCCCAGAUGGGCUUGCAUCCCGGGAGGGGCUUGACUGGGCACUGGCUGCGAAGAACCCAACUCCGCUUGCAGCUUCACACAGUGCCUUUCUCUGGUCUGGAGUGGAGGCGGUCGCUGGUGCUGCUGCUGGCCUCCCUCUUGCCCUUAGCCUGGGCAGCCAGCCCCCUCCCUCGGGAGGAGGAAAUCGUGUUUCCAGAGAAGCUCAAUGGCAGCAUCUUGCCUGGCUCAGGUACCCCUGCCAGGCUGCUGUACCGCUUGCCAGCCUUUGGGGAGGUGCUACUACUAGAAUUAGAGCAGGACCCUGGGGUCCAGGUAGAGGGGCUGACAGUGCAGUACCUGGGCCAGGCACCUGAGAUGCUGGGUGGGGCAGAGCCAGGUACCUACCUGACUGGCACCAUCAAUGGAGAUCCGGAGUCGGUGGCAUCUUUGCACUGGGACGGGGGAGCCCUACUAGGGGUGUUGCAGUACCGAGGGGCUGAACUCCACCUCCAGCCUCUGGAGGGAGGCUCCCUUAACUCUGCUGGGGGACCAGGGGCUCACAUCCUACGCCGGAAGAGUCCUGACAGCAGCCAAGGUCCCAUGUGCAACGUCAAGGCUCCUUCUGGGACCCCCAAUCCCACUCCCCGAAGAACCAAGCGCUUUGCUUCUCUGAGUAGAUUCGUGGAGACACUGGUGGUGGCCGAUGACAAGAUGGCAGCAUUCCAUGGUACAGGGCUAAAGCGCUACCUGCUAACAGUUAUGGCUGCAGCAGCCAAGGCCUUUAAGCACCCAAGCAUCCGAAACCCUGUCAGCUUGGUGGUGACUCGGCUAGUGAUCCUGGGGUCAGGCCAGGAAGGGCCCCAAGUGGGGCCGAGUGCAGCCCAGACCCUACGCAGCUUCUGCACCUGGCAGCGGGGCCUCAACACCCCUGACGACUCAGAUCCUGACCACUUUGACACAGCCAUUCUGUUCACCCGUCAGGACCUGUGUGGCGUCUCCACUUGUGACACUCUGGGUAUGGCUGAUGUGGGCACAGUGUGUGAUCCGGCUCGGAGCUGUGCUAUUGUGGAGGACGACGGACUCCAGUCGGCCUUCACUGCUGCUCACGAACUGGGCCAUGUCUUCAACAUGCUCCAUGAUAACUCCAAGCCAUGUGUUAAUCUGAACGGGCAGGGGGGCUCCACUCGCCACGUCAUGGCUCCAGUUAUGGCUCACGUGGAUCCUGAAGAGCCUUGGUCCCCGUGCAGUGCCCGCUUCAUCACUGACUUCCUGGACAAUGGCUAUGGGCACUGUCUCUUAGACAAACCAGAGGCUCCCCUGCAUCUGCCAGUGACUUUUCCUGGCAAGGACUACGAUGCCGACCGCCAGUGCCAACUGACCUUUGGGCCUGACUCACGCCAUUGUCCACAGCUGCCCCCACCCUGUGCUGCCCUCUGGUGCUCGGGCCACCUCAACGGCCAUGCUAUGUGCCAGACUAAGCAUUCACCCUGGGCUGACGGUACUCCCUGCGGAUCCGCACAGGCCUGCAUGGGCGGCCGCUGUCUUCACGUGGACCAGCUCAAGGACUUCGAUAUUCCACAGGCUGGGGGCUGGGGUCCCUGGGGACCAUGGGGUGACUGCUCUAGGAGCUGUGGGGGUGGUGUCCAGUUCUCCUCCCGGGACUGCACAAGGCCCGUCCCCCGGAAUGGUGGCAAGUACUGCGAGGGUCGCCGUACCCGUUUCCGCUCCUGCAACACUGAGAACUGCCCAAGCGGCUCAGCAUUGACCUUCCGUGAGGAGCAGUGUGCUGCCUACAACCACAGGACGGACCUCUUCAAGAGCUUCCCAGGGCCCAUGGACUGGGUCCCACGCUACACAGGUGUAGCCCCACGAGACCAGUGCAAACUCACCUGCCAGGCCCGGGCACUGGGUUACUACUAUGUACUGGAGCCACGGGUGGCAGACGGAACUCCGUGUUCCCCAGACAGCUCCUCAGUCUGUGUCCAGGGGCGCUGUAUCCAUGCUGGCUGUGACCGGAUUAUUGGCUCCAAAAAGAAGUUUGACAAGUGCAUGGUCUGCGGCGGGAAUGGUUCUAGCUGCAGCAAGCAGUCGGGCUCCUUCAGAAAAUUCAGGUACGGAUACAGUGAUGUGGUCACUAUCCCCGCCGGGGCCACCCAUAUUCUUGUACGGCAGCAAGGGGGUUCUGGCCCCAGGAGCAUCUACCUGGCCCUGAAGCUUCCAGAUGGUUCCUAUGCCCUCAAUGGUGAAUACACGCUGAUGCCCUCCCCCACGGAUGUGACACUUCCUGGGGCAGUCAGUCUGCGCUAUAGCGGAGCCACGGCAGCCUCAGAGACACUGUCUGGACAUGGGCCUCUGGCCCAACCCUUGACGCUGCAAGUCCUGGUGGCCGGCAACCCACAGAACGCACGUCUGCGGUACAGCUUCUUCGUUCCGCGACCAGUUCCUUCAACACCACGCCCUCCUCCCCAAGACUGGCUGCAUCGCCGGGCACAGAUUCUGGAGAUCAUUCGGAAGCGUCCCUGGGCCGGCAGGAAAUAACCUCACUCUCCCGGCUGCCCUUUUGGGGUGCCGGGGCCUCGGACUCAUCUGGGAGAAUGAGGGGGUUCUGCAGCUGCCUCAUGCUAAAACACAGCAGGGAAGUGCUGUAGAGGGCGAAACCUGCCCUGCCUCUCUGCCCUAAACUGCAGGCUGGCCCUGCCCUAGCUUCCUGCCCUGGGAGGCAGCGAUGUGUAGGUGAAUGGAAAGGGGCUAGGAGACGCCCCCUAUCUAAACUGCCCCCUCUGCCCUGCAGGUCACAGGAGGGAGAGGGGAAGGCAGGAUGGGUCCUGGAUUCCAGUUGUAUUUAUUUAGUAUUUAUUCGCUUUUAUUUAGCACCAGGGAAGGGGACUAGGGUCUUGGGGAAACUCACCCCUUAUAGCCCCCACCCUAGCUAUGAAAUCAGGGUGGUGGUAACAAAUAUAAGUGGUGUAUGUGUGUCUGUGUGUGUGUGUGCGUGCACGCGUGUGUUUUUGUAUGAGGUACAACCUGUCCUGCUUUCCUCUCCCUGGCUUUUUUUUGGCUGGGAAAAGGAGAGCCAAAGGUAGGAUUGGUCUUCAGGGAGUGAGGGAUUAUCAUAUUUUUAAAUGUACAGAUUGAAGUCUGCUAUUUAUAUGCCCCUUUGGGGGUCAGACAAAUGUGGGUUGCACCUUGGCCCCACAUCUUUGAGCAUUUGUUUUCUUGUUUGCCAAUAACAAUAAUACCUCCCUUAGAAAUUUGUUGUAAGGGUUAAAUAAUGUAAAUAAAGAACUAGCAUAAGGCCUCCCCCUCCACAGGUACUCAGCAAGUGGCAACUGCUCUUAUUCUCAUCAGUGUUCUGUUCACGCUCCUCCAUGGAGGGUCUGCCCUGCACUUAAAGCCGACAAGCGUCCAUGUCACUUAUGCCAUUCUUUAUGCCCAGGCUCAGAUCCCGUAGCUGUCCGUACUCUAAGAUUGGGAGACAUUGUCAGAAAAGGCUGUUCUGUCCAUCACUUCCGUGGGCACAUAAUCACCUGAAGCAGAUGUAAUGAACACUUGGCAAUAUAGCCAACAAGGACAUGAAGAUACAGAAACCAAAAACUCAACUCCCUCAACACAAACAAGAGUAUAGUUGUAGCCGGGUGGUGGUGGCGCAUGCCUUUAAUCCCAGCACUCGGGAGGCAGAGGCAGGCGGAUCUCUGUGAGUUCGAGACCAGCCUGGUCUACAAGAGCUAGUUCCAGGACGGGCUCCAAAACCACAGAGAAACCCUGUCUCGAAAAACCCAAAAAUAAAUAAAUAAAUAAAUAAAUAAAUAGAAAAAGAGUGUAGUUGUAAGAGUGAUGGAGUCAAGGGAUGGAGAAGGAUGUUACAGUAGCAUCCUGGCACUCCAGAGCUGACGGAUCUGAGCUUGAGCUAGGGUUCAGCACCUUAUUACCUGGGUGACGUUGGGCAAGUCACUGAUACACAACUUUGGAUUACAAGCAUACAGAAUGGGGCCCAUGGUAACUGUUCCCAUAGCUCUGUGCUCAAGGAUUUUCGAACAGUAAAGGGUGUUGUAACAUGAGAAGUGACCUUUGUGAUGACUGACUCGGACAGUGACUCCACCAUCAAUCAACGUAAGCCCAAUAGACUUCUUGGAAAAUGUGAGGUUAGAAUGGAAUUCAAUGAGAGGAACAGGAUGUGGUCUGGUAAGCAAUAAACAGCAAAGCAAAAGAAAAAAAUGUAGACAGAUCUAAUGAGAGUGGAGCCAUCUGUUCAGUGGUGCAGAAUGUGAGGAGCAGCACUGAGCGGAAAUGGAUCUCCUUCCCUUGAACAAGAGGAAUAACCUAGUCAGUCUUGGGUGUGUUAUAGAUGGGACAGGUGGGCAAAGGCAUGGUGGAGAGGUUUUUUUUUCACUUUUAUUUAUUUACUUUUCAUUGGUUUAAAUCCGGGAUGGGUACAGCAUCACACGGAUUCUGUAUCCAAUGGCUUUUGCAGGAAGGUUGCUUCGGAAUUUGGCACGACCAUGCCACCGUUUCCAUGGGACCGAGUUACUUUCCCCCAGAUCACUCUGGUUUUGUUUGGUUUGCCUCCAGGUGUCACUGUGUUGUUCUUUGCUUCGUACAUAUAAGCACAUCUCUUGCCCGAGUAGAAUUCAGUUUCAUCUCGGGCAUAAACGCCUUCAAUUUUAAGGAGAGCUGUGUGCUCUCUCUGGUUCCGGAGACCUCGCUUAUAGCCAGCAAAAGUGACCUUGCACCACAGCCUUCAGACAUUUAGAAGUCCUGUUCCCAGCAGGCCCCAG